AUGCGAUGGCAAAGUGCGAAGCGAUCACUUAUGCGACGGACAUACGCCGUUGAGGUUGAGAACGGGCGACCACGUGUCGCGCGGAGAAAAAUGCAUAUGGCCGGUGCUAAGUCCGAGUUAGCCCGACACGACGACACGUCUCCUCGCGGGGCGCGCACGAUCAUUCCCAUAAACGAAGCGCGUGUCGUGCAUCGCCACUGCCUCGGGCGUAGGGCGGCGCGGUGUUGCGUCCGUAUGUCUGCAGACAUGAGAGUGUUCGCCGCGAUGCUGCUGGCGUCGGUGCUAGGCGGCGUGCGGCCCGCGAUACGGACGCCCCUGGAGGCGUUCCGGCCCUCGGGCGAGAUACACCUGAGGAGGCCGGACAAGCUGCCCGUGCCGCCGCACAGGAGGACCGCGAUGCAGCCGAAGAGCGGACUCAGGAUUUUGUAUCAGAUCGGGAACGAUUUCGCCGUUUCGAUCACGUUUGGUUUUCGGACGGUUGAUAGUCCGGAGCCGUUUCUCCGCAGUUUCGUUUCUAAGACGAACGGCGUGAUACCUCAGGGCGAAAGUAAACUGUCACGUGCACGUAUUAACGAGGCG